GCCAUGGCAGACAAUAAAUCAGACACCCAUGUAGCUCCUCAGAUCACUAUCUGUCAUUUAGCGCUAUCACCAAAAUGGAUUUGCUCACUAGAUUAAAUUCCCGACAUACCGAAACUUGAAUUGGCAAAACAGGCUUGAUCAAAGUUAGAAGAAGCAAAAAAGAACUUCAUCUUCUGCGACGCACGAAACCACCCGAGGACAAAAAGAGGAACGCCGCACGUGAACAAUGCUGAAAAGUGAAGUAUGGCGCCAAUUUGAGGUGCUGAUCAAUUUUACAACAGUCGAACAAAUUGACGUGCCCUCCUCUCUUCGUUCCAAAUUAGCUCAUUCUGUCAAUUACACGCAACCCCUACCGCUCAUUUUGAACAACGACAGACCCCAAAUGGCCGCUGGAAUUCUGAUUCCUGUGUCCGAAAUGGCUGACUUGAUGAGAACCGGUUUGAACGAAUCAAAUCACGUUGACGGUAACAGUUCAGACGGUCUAAUAGACUCAGUGGGGGACCUUGGGGCUCUGUUUGCCCUGUACAGUGAGGAGAUGGGGGUGAUAGAGAAUGUGCAGUCUGUCAUCAACCCCCUCCUCGCCCUGUUCAGCAUGCUCAUCAACCUCUACAUCGCCAGACUAGUCGUCCGUGACAACAGCCUCCACAAAUUCACUUACAUCAUGGUCGCUUAUCAGGCCAUCCUUGAUAGUGUGUUUGUGUGUCCACUCAAGAUCUACCUGGAACUGAACCAGAAGCUGCUCAAGAUCCACUCUCAAGACGUCGUCUGCACCCUCACCGCCCUCUACAAUGGCAUCACCAUCACCACUACAGCCCCUGUCCUUCUCUUCCUCUGCAUAGAGAGGUUCCUCCUCGUAGUCCAUCCUGUCAACGGCAAGAUCUGGCUCGACAACUGGGGCACAAAACUAUUCUUCGCCCUUAACAUGGGCACAUCUGGGAUCUAUACAGUAUGGUUGAUUGCGGGCUCCUACUCGGAGGGACAAGAGUGCAUCAUGACAUUCCGACUGGUGAGUGUGACAGUGACUGGUCUCAUGUUCUUCCUCAUCUUCUACUGCAUCCCCCUACUAUUCAUGACUACACUCUACCCUACCAUUGCAUUCAGACUCAUGAACUCACCCAGCCAGAGAAACUACAACGCCAACAAACGUAUCAGCAAGCUCCUUGGAGUCUCGACGAUCACUUUUGCCGUCCUGUGGGCUCCUCUUAUGUGGAACUCAGUUUGGAUCAUUGCUCAUGAGUCCUCCUGGGUCUCACUCAUGACUCAUGUUCCCAUUCUAUUCUACAUCUACGGCUUCUCAAUCGUGUUCAUCAGUCUGUACUCUGCUGUCAACCCAUGUAUAUAUAUUAUGCUAACCAGACCCAUCCGAGAGCCCAUUGUGUCCAGGGUGUCGAGGGGUAAAGAGGAACUGAAACAGCUUCCCUUGCUCCGCAAAUCCCCCUCGAACAGCAACACUAACCAUCCAGAGAGACAAGCUCCAGUCGACAUUCCGGGCAACACCAACAUCAACGACAAUAUGAACAGCAAAAGCAAUAACAACAACAAUACUUUGAACAUAACUGCUGACAAGAAUGAUGUCACAUGCUGCAAUGAUAAAAACAAGUUGAGUCCUAAAUUAGUCUCAACGAACAAAACCGACAACCGAAACCAACUUUCGCCGAUGAGAAGUGGUGGUGAAAAUGAGAAGAGCGUAUCGUUUGCUUGAACUCGGACUGGGUUGUAACUGCAGUCAAAAUACUAUUAUUCCAAUUUUUCAAAGCUGCAUAUUAUAAUUGAUAAAUCUAAGCUAGCGAAUAUAGCGGUAA